AUGGCCGCCGAACGCCCCGACAAGAAGGAGAAGAAGGACAAGAAGGAGAAGCGCGCCAGCGAGGAAGGCGGUGUGAAGAAGGAGAAGAAGGACAAGAAAGAAAAGAAGGACAAGAAGGAGAAGCUCGCCGCCGCGCUCGAGGACAAGAUCCAGCAGGACGCUGCCAAGCAGUCCAAGAAGGAGAAGAAGUCGGCCGCCGCUGCGACGGCUGAAAACGACUCGGACUCGGACAUGGAGGACGGCGAAAAGGCGUCUGCGCAGGCCCUCGACCGCCCAGUGGUGUCGUUUGCCGUUCCUGUUGCCGACGAAAAGGGCAUGAAGAAGGUCUACAAGACGAUCCGCAAGUCGGCCAAGAACAACACGCUGAAGCGCGGCGUCAAGGAAGUCGUCAAGACGCUCCGCAAGUCGCCGGCCGCGGGUCCGACCAGCACGGCGUUCCCGGGCAUCGUCGUCAUCGCGGGCGACAUCUCGCCCGCCGACGUCAUCUCGCACAUUCCCGUGCUGUGCGAGGACCACAACGUGCCCUUCAUCUUUGUCACGUCGCGCGCUGAGCUCGGCGCCGCCGCCAAGACGAAGCGCCCGACGUCGGUCGUCAUGAUCAUGGAGAAGCAGCAGGACGGCAAGAAGAAAAAGGCCGCCAAGAAGGAGGCCGGCGAUGCGGACGACGCGGACGAGGGAGACGACUUUGCCGAGGCGUACGCGUCGCUGGCCAAGUAUGUGCAAAAGGAGUACCAGAAGCAAAGUUUCUGGGCCAAGGGCGACUCCAAGGCGUGA